CUCUUCAGCCGCAAACACACAGACACAGAAGGUAAAGCAAAAAUGGUGUCGGGAUCAGGUAUAUGCUCGAAGCGCGUGGUCGUCGACGCGCGCCACCACAUGCUGGGGCGUCUGGCGUCGAUCGUGGCCAAGGAGCUGCUCAACGGGCAGAAGGUCGUCAUCGUUAGAUGCGAGGAGAUUUGCCUCUCCGGUGGACUCGUUCGCCAGAAAAUGAAGUACAUGAGGUUCCUUCGCAAACGUAUGAACACGAAGCCUUCUCACGGACCCAUUCACUUCCGUGCUCCCUCCAAGAUCUUCUGGCGUACUGUUCGCGGUAUGAUUCCACACAAAACGAAGCGUGGAUCUGCUGCACUUGCACGCAUGAAGGUGUUUGAAGGUGUGCCUCCACCAUAUGACAAGGUCAAGAGGAUGGUCAUCCCCGAUGCUCUCAAGGUCUUGAGGCUUCAAGCUGGUCACAAGUACUGUCUUUUGGGCCGUCUCUCUUCUGAAGUCGGGUGGAACCACUACGACACCAUCAAGGAGCUGGAGACGAAGAGGAAGGAGAGAUCCCAAGUUGUUUACGAGCGUAAGAAGCAGCUUAACAAACUUAGAGCUAAGGCUGAGAAGGUGGCUGAAGAGAAGCUUGGAGCACAGCUCGAGAUUCUUGCACCAGUCAAGUACUGAGAUGAUCAUUAAUAGUUUGUCUUUGCAUGUUUUGAGCCGACCUAUAAUACUUUUUUCACUUUCACUUAGGUGUUGUAUCGGAUUUUGCCGUAAUGUUUUCUUUCUUGAGUUACAAUUUAUUUAUAUCCCAUGUCUUUCUACUCUCUUUUUAACUUU